CCCGUGUCCUCUGCAUCGGCAGGCGGACUCUCAACCACUGCGCCACCAGGGAAGCCCUCCACACUUGAGUUUUAACCUGCAAAAGGGCAAAGACUGGGCCUUGCCUGGGGCCAUACUCACAGCACCCAACAUAAUACCUGGCACAGAGCAGGUUCUCAAAAUAAUUCAUGAAUCAAAUAAAAUAAUGAAGGCAGGCCAAGAAGACUUGUAGAAAGAGGGGAGUUUGUCCUGCCUAGGCUUUUAAAGGCUAAGGAGGCAAAGAAACUAAGAGGGGGACAAACGAACCCAUGAACUCCACUGGAUCCCAACUCCCUCCGGCCCCACCCAUCACUGAAAUGUUCUGUUUCCCAAACCUCAGGACGCCCAGUCCCUCACGUCUCAGAGCACCCCAACCCCCAUCUGCAUCCCUCCCUUCCUGCCUCUCAGCCACGCCCUCUCUGCCCCGAGCCAGCGCUUGCUUUUGGGGGUGGUAAUGGGCCCCGUGGGAACUGAGUUACCUCCACAAGGCCUGGCCAGGGUGGGGCGGUGCCUGUCCCUGGGGGUGAGCCUCUGGGCUGUGCAGUUACGUCGGAUGAGCAGCAGAGAGCCAGACUCCAGCUGUCACUAUGGCUGAGUUCAGGGUGAGGGUAUCCACUGGGGAGGCCUUCGGGGCUGGCACGUGGGACAAAAUGUCUGUCAUCAUCGUGGGGACCGAAGGAGAGACCCUGCCACUGCCCCUGGACCAUUUCGGCAAAGAGUUCAGCGCCGGCGCUGAUACUAAACUUGCCCCCCAGGAGGAGGACUUCAAGGUGACGUGCCCCCAGGACGUGGGCCGGGUGCUGCUGCUGCGCGUGCACAAGGCUCCCCCCACGCUGCUCCGUCCUUUCUGGCCCCUGGCCUCGGACGCCUGGUUCUGCCGCUGGGUCCAGCUCACGCCGCCCCGGGGCGCCCCCCUCCGCUUCCCCUGCUACCAGUGGCUGGAGGACCAGGGGAGCCUGGUACUGCGGGAGGGGACAGCGAAGAUUUCCCGGGAGGACCGCCACCCCACCCUCCAGCAGCAGCGCCAGGAGGAGCUGCAGGCCAGGCGGGAGACGUACAGCUGGAAGACUUACAUCCCAGGCUGGCCUCGCUGCCUCAACGAGGAGACCAUAAAAAACCUGGACCUCAACAUCAAAUACUCUCUGGCAAAGAACAUCACCUUCUACCUGCGAGGCAGCUCGAUGUUGGCACAUCUGAAACUCAAAGGGCUGCUGGACCGCAAGGGGCUCUGGAAGAGCCUGGAGGAGAUGAGAAGUGUGUUCAACUUCUGGAAGACCCCAGCCGUGGAGUAUGUGUUUGAGCACUGGCAGGAGGAUGCCUUCUUCGCCUACCAGUUCCUGAAUGGCCUCAACCCGGUCCUGAUCCGCCGCUGUCGCCACCUCCCAAAGAACUUCCCUGUCACUGAUGCCAUGGUGGCCCCAGUGUUGGGCCCCGGGACGAGUCUGCAGGCUGAGCUGGAGCUCAGCCAGACCCCUGGGCCCGACAGCCCCAUCUUUCUGCCCAGCGACGACAAGUGGGACUGGCUGCUGGCCAAGACGUGGGUGCGCAAUGCCGAGUUCUCCAUCCACGAGGCCCUCACACACCUGUUACAGGUACACCUGGUGACCGAGGUCUUCACCCUGGCUACGCUGCGCCAGCUGCCUCACUGCCACCCACUCUUCAAGCUGCUGAUCCCACACACACGGUACACCCUGCACAUCAACACGCUGGCCCGUGAGCUACUCAUUGCCCCCGGGAAGGUGGUGGACAGGUCCACAGGCCUUGGCAUUGAAGGUUUCUCUGAGCUGAUACAGAGGUACAUGGAACAGCUGAACUAUUCCGUCCUGUGUCUGCCUGAGGAUAUCCGGGCCCGAGGAGUUGAAGACAUCCCAGGCUACUACUACCGGGAUGAUGGGAUGCAGAUCUGGGGUGCAGUGGAAUGCUUUGUCUCCGAAAUGAUCGGCAUCUACUACCUGAGCGAUGAGUCUGUCCGCGAUGACAGUGAACUCCAGGCCUGGGUGUGGGAGAUCUUCUCCGAGGGCUUCCUAGGCCGGGAGAGCUCAGGCGUACCCUCCUCCCUGGGGACACGGGAAGCCCUGAUACAGUAUGUCACUAUGGUGAUAUUCACCUGCUCGGCCAAGCAUUCCGCUGUCGGUACAGGGCAGUUUGACUUCAGUGCCUGGAUGCCCAACCUGCCACCUACCAUGCAGCUGCCACCGCCCACCUCUAAAGGCCAGGCAAGCCCGGAGAGGUUCAUAGCCACCCUCCCACCAGUCAAUGCCACAUGUGAUGUCAUCGUUGCCCUCUGGGCACUGAGCAAGGAGCCUGGAGACAGACGGUCCCUGGGCACCUACCCGGAAGAACACUUCACGGAGGCGGCCCCGUGCUGGAGCAUCGCGGCCUUCCAGAGCCGCCUGGCUCAGAUCUCGCGAGACAUCCAGGAGAGAAACCAGGACCUGGAGCUCCCCUACACCUACCUGGACCCUCCCAUCAUCGAGAACAGCGUCUCCAUCUAAAUCCCCUGGGGAAAAGGGCCCCACAUGACAUCCCUUUGACCCCAUAGCUCUAGGCUACCUGCCACCCAGAGAAAAGGACUCCCCAGAAAACCAGGCCCCCAUAUGCCCCUGCUGGGUCUGGUGUAACUCAUCCCCAAUACACCGCAAAACAGAAACAAAAAAAACCCCAGAGAAUAAAAGCUCAUUGGACGGCACCACUAUGCCUUUUGAAGACUCCAAGCCUCAAAGUCCUGCACAGCCACAGCGCCCUGGAAGGGUACCAUAGGGGGAACACAGUCCUGCCCCCAAUCCCACUGACCACAGCUGACUGGACCUAAUGGUCAUGCGGCUCAAGGGCAGCCCUCUUCCAGACCGUCCAGCAGCAUAAGGCGUGGCCCGCCUGAAAACUGCUCGAGAGGUUGAUGGUGACCUAUGGUCCCAACUUUAAAAUGAACAACCCACUGAGAAAGGGCCAUGGGAAGCAGGGCAGAAGGAAGACCUACUGCCGGGGAUUUGCAGGCAGUGCCCACAUAUGCUUUCUAAAAAAAACAUACCCUGGGACUUCCCCGGUGGCUCGGUGGUUAAGAAACCGCCUGCCAAUGCAGGGGACACGGGUUCGAGCCCUGGUCCGGGAAGAUCCCAUAUGUGGUGGAGCAACUAAACCUGUGUGCCACAACUACGGGAGCCCACAUGCCUAGAGCCCGUGCUUCGCAACAAAAGAAGCCACCGUAAUGAGAAGCCCGUGCACUGCAACGAAGAGUAGCCCCCGCUUGCCGCAACUAGAGAAAGCCCGCGCGCAGCAAAGAAGACUGAGCACAGCCAAAAAUAAAUAAAUAAAUAAAUUUUUAAUUAAAAAAAUAAAUAAAUACUACAUUAAAGAGUGAUAAGUGCUGAAGAGAAGCUAUAAAUCAGGGAAGGAUAAUACAGUAAGUCCCCUACACACGAACCUUCAAGUAGCCAGCUUUUAAAGAUGCGAACAUGCUUUCGCAUAUCCAAUCACCUAAGUUAGCUCCCGUGUCUGGUAUAUAUUGUCAUGUCCCUGCAUCCUCUGCAAGUGGUUGUGCUUUUGUGUACUUUACUGUACAGCGCUGUAUAGAGUACAGCAGUACAGUAUCUUUAUUUCAAGCCCAGGAUGUCUGGAAGCAGGAAUAGAAGCAGUGGUGAUGUAGCUGGUACUGCUGAGAAGCGCCAGCUGUUGUACUGCACUGCUGUACUUCUCAAGGUACCGUCCUGUAAGAUUAAAAAUGUUUUCUUUA